CUUGAAUCGUGGUGUUUACGCCGCAUCGCAGUCGUCAGUCAGUCACCGGUUGAACGCCGGAACGGAAACACGCGCAUCCCCUUUGAAUGUACCUUUUUGAUCGAUCUCUAGAUCGUUUGCCCCUCCCCAUCCCACUAGUGUACAGGGUCCCUCGAUCAUCGGUUCGCUCGCCCUCCGUCAGUCGCUAGCCCGCUUGUGAUUUCGCUGGUCUCGCCGUAUUCUCGUGCUUAACCAUCGCCAGCGAACGUGCUUGCUAUCGUUCGUACCGUUCGCCACGCUCUCUGCUCGGCCCGGCAACAGUGUACAUACGAUUCAACAAAGACGUAUUGGCACCAACUGGCGUCCGUGCAUUCAACGGAUUUGUUUUUGUCGGAGUCUCUACCCAUUUUUUGAGCUAAACCUAUAUAUCCGACAAAAUAGGUUGGUCAGACUUCCGGCGAGGCAGCAGUCUGCCAUCGGCGCCGUCAACCGCCGGCACAAUGUUCUCCAAACUCAAAUCAGGCACGUCGUCUGUCAGCCAGGGUGCACAAGUGUUAUCCACCAACAACAUCCUCAACCUGUUUGAGGUCGGUAAAUUCGUGUGCUCUGCUGGCCCAGAGCUCAUAUGGAAGGUUUACGAGGGGUUCCGAAAACCAGACGGAAAGGAGGUUUCGAUAUUCGUUUUCGAAAAAAAACUGGCGGACAAGCUGCACAAGCCCAGGCGGAAGGAGACGGUGACGGAGAUACUGAAGAAGAGCGUGCACUACUUAGAGAUGCUCAGACAGCCGAAGCUCAUACUCAAGGUGGUGCAUUCCGUUGAGGACUGCAACGACACGCUCGCUUUUGCCGCCGAGCCGGUGAUCGCCAGUCUGGCCAACAUACUCGCGUAUCAGGCGUCCGUCGGGGGUCGGACGGUCAACGGGCCACCGUCCACUGGUGCGUCCAUCAUCACUACUACGGCCAUGCCACGGCCCGCUCACGCGAGGGAAUACAACUUUUUGGACUUUGAAAUCAAGUACGGCAUCAGACAGAUUGCCGAAGCCCUUGAUUUUUUAUCACCUCAAGUCCAUCAUCAUAAUGUUUGCCCGAGCAGUAUACUUGUAACAAAAACAGGAACCUGGAAACUUAGUGGUCUGGAAUUCAUUGUUCAGACCGAAGCUAGAGAGCGGAUUACUUGUACACCAUGGACGUCUAGACUACCAAAAAUGGCACAACCCGAUUUGGAUUAUAUAGCUCCAGAAGUCCAGUUGUCUUCUUAUUGUAGUUCUCACAGUGAUAUGUACUCGUUGGGAAUGGUUAUAUUUGCGAUAUUUAAUAACGGUCGACCAUUAAUACAAGCAAACCACAGCAGCUCGACGUACAUGAAACAAUUAGAUGUGUUGGAAAAUCAAAUUCACAAUGUGUUGCCUAAACUGCCGGCACAAUUACAAGAAAUGGCAACAAAAAUGUUGAGCAAAGACGUGGAUGCGAGACCAUUCGUCAAAAAUUUAUUGCACACUCCUUAUUUCUGCGAUCGUUUUGUGGAAACUAUUCAAACACUGGAUAUUAUAAAUAUGAAAGAUUUGGUACAGAAGUGUCAGUUCUACAAGAUAACAUUAAAAGAAUCAUUACCAUUCAUUCCAAAGAAAAUUUGGUAUCAAAGAGUUUGGCCGUUUUUGCAACACGAAAUGUUAAAACCAGAUGUAUCAGCUGCAGUCUUACACCCAGUAAUAUUCUUAAUUCAAGAGUCCAGUCUUGAGGACUACGAAACACUCAUGUUGCCUGCUAUGAGCAAAAUAUUCAAUGGACCAAAACAUGUUCCUGUACAAGUGAUAUUAUUGGAAAACUUACAUGUGAUAUUAGAAAAAACACCAAGAGACGAUAUUAGAAAAGAAGUACUCCCUUUGUUGUACACAGCAUUUGACUUUUCAGACAUAGAAGUGCAAAGUGCUGCUGUAUUGGCUGUAACCAAUGUUUCUCAAUACAUGGAUGAUACAGCAAUAAGAAGAAUGGUACUUCCCAAACUCAAAAUGGUGUACGAAACCAAUCCCAACGACUUGAAAAUUGUUUUAAACAUAUUGGCAUGUCUGGAAAUCAUAUUGCACAGACUUGAAAAACAACAAAUCAUCGAGGAUGUUCUACCGCUGAUUUGGAUAGUAAACCAGACAGAUCCCGAAGUAAUUGCAAGAAUAGCAGUUAUAUACAGUAUGAUUUUGCGUGACAAGAAAUACGGCUUAUCAGUAAAUAUGAUAGCUACGAAAAUAAUGCCAACGUUGAUUCCACACACAAUGAAUCCUGGUUUGAAUCUAGAACAAUUUCAAACCCUUAUUGAAGUCUUACAAGAUAUGCUAGAACAGAUUGAUAGAAACCAAAGGAAUAAACUGAAAUUGGAUACAAUAUCUAUGCAGAGCCCAGACAGACACAGACCUUUAAGGCAUUUAUACAGUUCUGACAAUAUGCACGCGCAAAACUUCAACAUACCAAAUUUGAAAAUUGAAACGCGCAAAACGUCAAGUGCUGAAGAUAUGGUUCGAAAAAAUUCAGCGGGUAGCUGGUGGUUUGGCGGUUCGCCUUCCGGUUCUGAUAGCAACUUUUUGCGCGUAGUCAGUUCAUUUCCGAAUCGCCGACUGUCUGACAACAUGUUGAACACGCCGAAAAUUCGCGUAGCACCGUCAUGUGCUUCUUCACCUGGAAGUACGCCCGUUGGCACCGGACUUCCAAUCCGGAGACACUCGAACGUUGAGCGCCGUGGGUCCACCAUCAACCUGUCACCACCAUCGGGCUAUCAGUACUUCAGACCGAUAAACGGACACGAUGGGUCCACAUUGUCGGUGCCAUCAUCGACGUAUCUUGCACGGAGCAUGAUUGGUGGUAGCAUGCCAAACACAAGCAGCAGCGUGCCGUAUUUGCUCAGUUCCAGUAUGAACAGCAUCCGGUCCAGGAGGCAAAGUACGUGUUCACAAAAUUCUAGUACUGGCAUUCUACAGCAACUUGGUUCCGGUGUUGUGAAACAGUUAUCCACUUUGCAAAAUCCGUAUCAACUAUUUAGUGGAAACAAGUGAAAAGUCGUACUCGGCUGACCAAUACCACUGCUGUUAUAACUACACAAUAAUUUUAUCAAUUGCUUAAAUUUUACUGAACGGUCCGACGUCCCGUUAAAGUCUACAUUUUAUGUACAUCUAUUUUGUCAAAUACGAAACUAUACGAGUUAAAUAUUUUACAUCUACCAACAACAUAAUAUUAUAAGCAAUACAGCUAGAAAUCGUCACCAAUUAUUAUAAUUACUAUAUUAAUGUCGUAAUUUUUAAGUUUCAUUAUUAUAUACUUACAUAAUUUAUUCUUGUUUGUUAUGUGUGAUUUGUUUGUUGUUAUUUUUUUCGAUCUCUUCAACGAACCGCAUUAUAGGUUUGUUAUAUUAUAUUGUAUGUAUUAUAUAGUGUGUUCAAGCUAAUAGAGGUAAGAGGUACUACCCUAAAUAUUUCAGUUGGAUGAUCACAGUAUACGUCUGAAAACAAUUUCAAAUUUUUAAAUAUUUUGAUACGCACAUGCAUAGUACAACACUAUUUUUUUAAAUAUUUUUUUUAAUUAUUUAACUAAUUAAAAAAUUAACUUAGUUAAAGAUGACAUUUUCGAAUAAACUUCAAUUUUAUGUUUUACAAGAUUUUAACAUAUUUAAUUAACCUCAUUUUUUCAUUUUUAAUUAGAACUAAGUAGCUAACCUAACCUUUAGUAAAUUUUUAAUUUAGAACAAUAGUUGUUAUAUAUAUAAAAAAAAAAAAAUAAGACUACCUAAAUAAACAAAAUAGAAGGCUCUAUUUAUAAAAAUACAAUUUUAUUGUGCAUGUGAGUUCUGAAAGAGUUAAAAAUUUGAAAUAUUUCUAUAAUUAUAUAUUAGCUUAGAUACUUUCUUACAAAGUUCUGAUUCAAUUCACAGUAAUUAUAAAAAUAUCACAUUUAUAACCGAAAAAAAUUAUCACUCCAGUUACCAUUUUGACAAAACUAUAAGAAAAAAUUGUUUUCAUCCUCAUACUGAAUAUUGUCUAAACAUACCUACUUAAGUUACUUGUUAUAUUUUUAAACAUUUAUCAUAUUUACUGUUAAUAAUUAUUUUACAUUAUUAUUUUUUAAUACCUUCCCAAGGGAAUUAAUAAAUUCCAAUGAAUCACCCCCUCCCACAAAUGACUUGAAUUACAUUGUAUAGUAAAUACGAUUAUGUGUAAAGAUUUAUGCUACCUUAUUUCAAUAAUUCUUAUGUGUUAAGUACAUAUUAUAUUAUAAUCAGUACAUAAUUAAAAUGUUUAAAUAUUUGAUAUUAUAUAAUUUAUUGUGUAUAUUAUAUUUUAAGAAAGAUAAAAUACGUUUGCAUAUCCCGUAUAAAAUAACUAUCACAAUUUAUUAAAUACUUUUCUUUUGUUUAGUUUUCUUUGUCUUGUCGUCAUUAUUAUGUAUAACGAUAUGAUAACAUGCAGACUAUCACUUAGUUUUUACACAUAUCUUCAUUAAAUAAUUUAAUACUUUUUGCUCAAUGCAUUUUUCUAUCAUAAUUACUUAAUAUAGAUGCCAAUUAAAAUAUGUUUAUAUAUUCAGAUUUCAGGUACUAUACAAUAUGCACAUAUUAAGUAUCUAUGUAUUUAUUCAUUUUUAGUCUACAUAAAAAAAAAAUUUAGUAGGUACUAUUGAACAUAAAAAUGACAAUCAGUAGCUAUUACUAGUUUGUUUUAAAAAUCUGCAUCUUAUCUUGUCAUGUAUAGACAAUCUAAAUUUUAUAAAUGUGUUAAUGUGAUAUAACUUAGAAAUCAGAAAAAAAAUUAUAUAAUAUUAUAAUAGUAUCUAUCAAAUAUAAAACUAUUUGUUUAAAUAUUUAUUUGUGGGUUGUUUGAAUUAUAUUUUUGUUUAAAAUCAUUAUACUAUUAUUGUAAUAAUCAUCAUUAUUAGUAUAUAAUAUUUUAUAUUAUAUUAUGUAGAUUGUAGGUACAUAGAACUGAUACAAAAUUAUAAUAAUGAAGCUAAUAGCAAUCGAUAAAUUAACUAACUACAUUAUACGUAAACAUUAAUUUUUGGGUUGAAUAAAUUACUGAAUGUGUUCAUUUUUUUCUAUUUAAACCUUAAUUAAAUAUAUUAUAUACUAUUCUCAAUUAAUAUUUAUAAUUUGAAUUUUGAUUUAAGAUAAAAUCAAAAGAGUAAUAGUACUUAUCCCUAUGUAGUGCAAUAAUUUAUUACUUACCUACUUUUGUUUCUUUUUCAAUACUAGUUAGAUAGGUAAGUAGGUACUUAAUGGUAGAAGGAUAAAUAUUUUUAUAUUUAAACAAGUGAAAAUUAAUCCACUUAAAUUUAAGUUAUUACAAUAUUUUUAUUUCUCUUAAUGCAAAACGUAAUAAUAUUAUAAAAAUGUAAAAAUAUUGAUAGCUAUUUAUUAUCAUAAUAUACCUACCUAAGUAAAUAUUAUUAUUUAAAAUUUUUAAAUAUAAAGUUCUUUAUCAUAUUAUAUAAAUGUAUAUAUACCUAUUAUACAUUACGGAUUUAACAUAGGUAUCUAUAUAAUUAAUAAGUAAAAAUUCAAAGAUAAAAAACAAAAUCCUAACUAUCUACUUGAAGUUUAAAUUGCUAGGUAGGUAUCUCGUAAGAAAAUGUUCUUAUUAGGAUAUGAAAAUGUAUGUUUUUUAUAAAUUAAAAAAAAAAAAGAAUGUUUUUUUGUAGAUUUGUAUUUUAUUUUAUCUUAAAAUGCUUCAAAAGUAAGGACAUAUACAUAUCUAACACACUAUAUUGGAUACAAAUACAAUAGUUUUUACAAUACAUUGCUACAUAAAUUAUUGUUUACCAUUUAUUUUGGAAUAUUACAUUAUUCAACAAUACAUCGUUCUAUGUACCUACCUACCUGUAGGAUUAGCUAUUAUUUUAUGUACCUACUAUUGAUUUUCCAAUAUUAUAUUAAAGUUUAUUAUCGCUAUACAACAUGGAUGCAUGA